AUUUCUGUCGCUGGGUGUCAGUAAACAUUUCUACAAGAGUCCAAUCUGUCAGAAAACAGCAGAAGAAGAAGUACAGGAGGACUAGUGGGCCAAUCACAAAGUAGGGCACCAUAUUGAAUCGUUGUUUUGGUGUGUGCACUUGGCUGCACCUUUUCCUGAGUUUACUUUGUACCUGUCUUUACUAAAGAAGCCACUAAAACUAGAAACCAGAAGCAACAGGGUCUAUACUCACACACGGCAACGAUGAAGCUAGCGGACAUCAAAAAGUUAAAAGUGGCCGAGCUGCGGUCCAGACUUAAAGAGCUUGAUUUGGACACUAAAGGACUGAAGGCUGAGCUGGUAGUCAGGCUGUGGUCCGCUGUAGAGGCUGGACAAGGUGGAGAAGACGGUGGAGAAGAGUUGGAACUACAAAAAGACGACUCAAUGACUCCUCCAACACCUGCGGAGACGGUGGAGGUCGUUGCCUCCGCCGCCGCUCCGUUCUCAUCACCGGUGGCAACAGUUGGUAUCACUGCGCCGUGUGACGGUGAAUCUGCCAGAGAGUUCAGAGAGUCUGCAACACAGACUGAGGCCAAAACCAGUCUGCAACCAGGCCCUGCAACACAGACUGAGCCUAAAACCAGUCUGCAACCAGGCUCUGCAAUUCAGACUAAGCCCAAAACCAGUCUGCAACCAGGCUCUGCAACACAGACUGAGGCAACACAGACUGAGGCCAAAACCAGUCUGCAACCAGGUCCUGCAACACAGACUGAGCCUAAAACCAGUCUGCAGCCAGGCCCUGCAACACAGACUGAGCCCAAAACCAGUCUGCAACCAGGCUCUGCAACACAGACUGAGGCUAAAAAUAGUGUGCAGACCGUACAGCCAGACUCUGAGUGUGACUCAGAGAGGGUGACUGUGUGCCAAGCCGAGGGAGGAGAGCAGGGGAGGCAGCAGGGAGGUGCAGAGGAUCCUGGAGAGGACAGAGGGAGAGCUUUCUACGAGUUCAAGGAGGAGAUACGAUAUAAAAGAGCCAAAUCACCACAACCACCAGUGGAGAGAGAGGAGGCAGAGGAGGAAGACAAAGAUAAAGUCAGACUGGAUCCAUAUGGCGGUCACCUCCACUUUGAGGUGGGUCCAGAUGGAGCUUGUGGACAGCCGCGGUUCUGGGACAGAUUCCCCUCGCUGUGGUCGGGCUGCAGGCUCUCCCAUGGGGUGAUACAGGGCAAGGUGGGCUUCGAGGUGAGGCUGGAGAGGAAGCUGUUGACUACACAAGACGGAGACGGCACUGAGCACUACGGCCUGAGAGUCGGCUGGUCAGUGGCCAACACCUCUCUGCUGCUGGGUGAAGAGGAAGUUUCUUUUGCGUAUGACAGGCGCGGUAAAAAAGUGUCAGCUGGAAAGGAGGAGAAGUUUGGAGAACCUUUUUCAGAGGGGGAUAUCAUUGGCUGUUACGCUUCUUUCUCCACAGACCACACCGUUCAGCUCUCUUUCCACAAGAACGGUCGUUUCAUGGGUGCGGCCUUUUCCCUGGAUGCCUCGGUGCUGCAGGGCUGUGCUCUGUUCCCUCACGUCCUCUGUAAGAGCUGUUCAGUUCGAUUCCUCCUGGACCCCACGGCCCCUCCCUGGUACUCCAGCCCUCCAGGGUUUACACCGGUGGCGGCGCUCCCUGCUGGGCAGAGGAUGAGAGCCACAUCCGCCCCUACAUCCAGAGCACAGUGUGAGGUGGUGUUGAUGGUGGGUCUUCCUGGUUCUGGGAAGAGCCACUGGGCUGCGACUCUCAUGCAGCAGCAUCCAGAGAAACACUACAGGCUGCUGGGAACAGAGGAGCUGCUCACAUGUAUGAUUAGCGGUGGAGAGAGGGACAGCAGGCUGCGGCAGGCCUCUCAGUGCCUGACUGAUUUAAUCAAGAUGGCUGCUAAAACUCCAGGCAACUAUAUCCUUGACCAGUGCAACAUCCUCUUCUCUGCACAGCGUCACAAGCUGCAGCUGUUCAGGGGCUUCAGGCGCCGGGUGGUGGUGGUCUUCCCCUCAGCAGAGGAGUGGAGAAGACGACUGUCUCAGCACCAGACAGGAGACGGGGAGCAGAUCCCUGAGACCGCACUGCUCAAACUGCAAGUGAGCUGCAGUCUUCCAGAGAAGGGGGACCUUCUGGAGGAGCUGCAGUACGUUGAGCUUCCUCAGGAACAGGCGCAGACACUCCUGCAGAAGUAUAAAGACGAAGCACGCAGACUGCUGCCUCCCAUCACCAAACAAGAGAAGAAGAAACACAGACUCCACAAGAAGAGACCCUACCCGCACGGCCCUCCCCCCGCUCAUCGGAUCCGAUGGCUAAAUGGAUGGGGUGACGCGGGGUUCAACGUGCAGUCGUGGAGCCAACAGCCAAGUUAUUGGAACGUGGCGUAUCAGGACCAGAGCUACUACUACGACAACAGAGACUUUGGUUACGGUGCUUAUGAGGGUUACUGGUGAGGAAACACGGAGCG